GUAUUUUUCAGUCAAUUAUUUGUUUUUUGGGUAUAUUAUUUGCCAGGCUUGGUAUAUUAUUCUUCUGUUGAAAUGUCGUAGGAUAAACAACUGACUUUCGCUAAUACAAAUAAUGAGUUGAGUCGUGUAGGGACUAUGGAUAACUAUUCUCUGGAUAUUUGCCACAUUAAGUUGGAUGGUACAAACUAUUUGGUUUGGUCUUGCACUUUUACUUUGGCUAUUGAGGCCAAAGGGAUGUCAGAAUUUAUUGAGGGUUCUGUUAAUCCACCUGUUGAGGCAAUUGAACUGAAGAAAUUUAAAUCUCAAAAAUCGUUAGUUAUGACCUGGUUGUUUAAUUCUACGAGGGCUGAUAUUUGUCAUACUUUUCUACUUCUUGAUACUCCACAUAAGAUUUGGACUACUGCAGCCCAAACCUAUUCUCAGCAGGGUAACGAUGCACAGUGUUUUGAGUUGAGGAAGAAGCUCCGUACAUUGGAACAAAACCAUCGUUCUGUUGCUGUGUAUUUUGCUGACUUGAAUGGAGCAUGGCAGGAAUUUGAUUAUUAUCAGGGAUUUCAGGCUAUUUGUGUUGUUGAUGCUGCUGCUUGGUUAAAGCGAUUGGAGAAGGAACGUGUUUAUGACUUUUUGGCUGGACUUGAUAUAGAAUAUGAUCCAAUUAGAGUGCAGGUGUUGGGUCGUAUUCCAUUUUCGUCAUUGGGAGAGGCCUAUGCCAUUGUUCAGCAGGAGGAGAGUAGGAGGGGUGCUAUGUUGGACAUUCCUACUCCUAAGCGUUCUGCCUUGGUUGCCAUUCCUCAGGGUGGGCUUGUUCCACAGAGUUGUAAAUCACAGUCUGGUGCUAGCAAUGGACCUAUUGCUCGAGAGUCACUCCGGUGUGAUCAUUGCCACAACACCGGCCAUACCAGGGAUUUCUGUUGGAAGUUACAUGGUCGUCCUUCUCGUGGGCGAGGUGGUGGACGCGGUAGUCGCGGUCGUGGUUCCAUGCAUUCUCAGGCCCAGGCUCAUGUGUCGGAGUCUAUAUGGGUUGCUACCCUACCUGAUUCUGGGUUCGGUACUGGGGUUCAGGCGUCUUCUGAUCAUGUUAGUGGUUUUUCUUAGGGGGAGAUGCAAGCUCUCCGCCGCCUAAUGACUCGGGCUGAUUCUCCAUCUACUAUAGCUUCUACUUCUACGACAAGUCCCACUUCAUCCUGUUUUGCUCACACAGGAGCUGGACACGAGCAAAGUGAUUGGCAGUGGUAAAGCACAGGAUGGCCUCUAUUUUUUGGACUCUACACCUCGUCCACGUAUGUCAUGUGGUCUUGCUUUCCAAGCAGAUACGAGUUCAGCUUUUUCUAUGUUACAUCAGUGUCACCGUAGAUUAGGCCAUCCCUCUUUUGGGAUUUUAGAGAAACUUUUUCCUUUUGGGACUUUAAAGAAACUUUUUCCUACUUUAAUUAAGCAUUGUUCUAGGAGUCAGUUUUUUUGUGAAGCUUGUGAAGUUGGAAAACAUAAACGUUCUUUUUAUGCACCUAUUAAUAAACGGAGUGCCACUCCUUUUAUGGUUAU